UCACACACUUCUGCGCAGCCUCAAUCUUCCCUCUGUGUUAGGAGACAGGAGGCAGGGGGCCGUGGAGCGCCAGAGAGAAAAAAUGGAUGGUGGAGAAGAAGGCAGCAGCAGCAGCAGAAAGCAGGUGAAGAGCUGUGGAGGGAAGUGAUGAUGGUGUGUGUGUGUACCCCCCCACACCUCCUGCUGUCCCCCUGUGCGUCCUGUUUCCCCCACCACGUGUCCUGCCUGCUGCCAUCGAUCACCGCCAUCGCCUAUUCCCCCUGCUGCCGAUCGCUUCCACCGCCCCCCCACCGGUCUUCCCCCUCUGAGUUUUACCUGAAAAGUUCUCUCUCUCUCUCUAACACACACACACGUGCAAGUCUUCUGCUCCUGAAGAGCUGUGGAGGUGGAGGGUACACGAAAAAAGGACAGAGCCUUUUCACAUCCCCGGAGGUUUUCUGAUGGAAUCCAUAUGACCUCUCUCUCUUCCAUUGUUCAUUUACAGUACUUACAAAACCUAUUUAAUGCUAUGAGGCCAUGAUAUUGAAUUGAUACGCAUGCUGGUAAUAGCUAAGACACUAGAGCCAUUUGUGAAAUCAUUGGAAAGAGCUAAGCAUGAAAUGAGAAAAGAGGCAUUUUGUAUUUAAUUUCUCGGGAUGCCGGCAUCCAUGAACUCCCUAAUGGAGAUGAUUGUGAAGGACAAAGACAGAAAAAGUUUCCAGUGUAUGUGAAAAUAUUCAAUGACCAACUGGUAAUAGAUAGACAUUGCAGAACCCAAACGGGAGAAUCCUCAUAAAUGCAUGGGAUGUGGAAAGACCAAUGGAAAAUUUAAAUUUAAAUUACAUCAAAGAAUCCACAUAGAACGUGGCAAGAGCUUCGUCAAAGAGAAAUACAGGAGAAAUCAUAUGAGUGCUUUGUGUGUAGAAAGGGUUCCAGUCGGCAUGGCACUUUUGCAUGAAAAAACCCACACGGGGAAGAAACCAUAUAAAUGCUUGGUAUGUCGAAAAAACUUUAGUCAGAGGGGACAUUUUAAUGCACAUCAAAGAACUCACACAGGGGAGAAGCCUUAUAAAUGCACGGAGUGUGGAAAGAGCUUCAAUUGGAGUACAUGCCUCACUUUACACCAAAGAACUCACACCGGUGAGAAGCCAUAUAAAUGUAUAGAAUGCGGAAAGGCGUUCAGCUCUAGUGGAGCCCUUAAAAUACACCAAAGAAUCCACACAGGUGACAAGCCGUAUAAGUGCAUGAAGUGUGGAAGGAGUUUCAGUCGGAGUACAUCCCUCGCUUUACACCAAAGAACUCACACAGGUGAGAAGCCAUAUAAAUGCACAGAAUGUGGAAAGUGCUUCAGUAGGAAUGAUGAGCUCACUUCACACCAAAGAACCCACACGGGAGAGAAACCACAUGAAUGCUUGGUGUGUGGAAAAAGCUUCAGUUGGAGGGGACAUCUUAAAGCACAUGAAAGAACCCACACAGGGGAGAAGCCUUAUAACUGCACGGACUGUGGAAAGAGUUUCAGAUGUAGUGGUACCCUUGCUUUGCAUCAGAGAAUGCACUCGGGGGAGAAACCAUAUGAAUGCUUAGUGUGUGAAAAGCGCUUCAGUCAGAAGGGACAGCUUAAUGCACAUCAAAGAACCCACACAGGGGAGAAACCUUAUACAUGCAUGGAGUGUGGAAGGAGCUUCAGAAACAAUGGGACUCUUGCUUUACAUCAAAGAAUCCAUACAGGGGAAAAACCAUAUAAAUGCAUGGAGUGUGGAAAGAGCUUCAGACACGGUGGAACCCUUGCUUUACAUCAGAGAAUCCACACAGGAGAGAAACCAUAUACAUGCAGAGAGUGUGGAAGAAACUUCAAUAACUCCAGUGGUCUUACUGCUCAUGAGAGAACACACAUAUGUGAGAAGCCAUAUAAAUGCACAGAAUGUGGGAAGUGCUUCCGUAGGAAUGAUGUGCUCACUUCACACCAGAGAACUCACACGGGGGAGAAACCAUAUAAAUGCAUGGUGUGUGAAAGGACCUUCAGCCAGAAAGGAAAUCUUAAUAUACAUAGAAGAACACACACGGGGGAGAAACCAUACAAAUGUAUGGAAUGCAAAAAGACCUUUCGUCAGAGUGCAGCUCUUGCUUCCCAUCGGAGGAUCCACACAGGGGAUAAACCAUAUAAAUGUUUGGUGUGUGGAAAGUGUUUUGGUCGGCAGGACAGCCUGACCUUACAUGAAAAAACCCACACGGGGGAGAAACCAUAUAGAUGCUUGGUGUGUCGGAAGAGCUUCAGUCAGAGGGGACAUCUUAAUACACAUCAAAGAAUCCACACAGGGGAGAAGCCUUAUAAAUGCAUGGAGUGUAGAAAGAGUUUUAGUGACAGCAACUAUCUUGUCUUGCAUCAAAGAACCCACACAGGGGAGAAACCAUAUAAAUGUUUGGAGUGUGGAAAGAGCUUCAGAGUGAGAAGCCAUCUUACCUUGCAUCAAAGAACCCACACAGGGGAGAAACCAUAUACAUGUAUGGAGUGUGGAAAGAGUUUCAGUGGGAGUAGUCACCUUACUUUACAUCAAAGAACCCAUACAGGGGAGAAACCAUAUAAAUGCUUGUUGUGUGGAAAGAGCUUCAGCAAUAGUGGAAGUCUUAGAAUUCAUCAAAGAAUUCACACAGGGGAGAAGCCAUAUAAAUGCAAAGAGUGUGGGAAGACCUUCAGUCAGAGCGGAUCCCUUGUUUCACAUCAAAGAACACACACGGGAGAAACCAUAUAAAUUAUGGAUUGCGGAAAAAACUUCAUCACCAGUGUGAGCCUUACUUCACAUAGAACACACUGUGUGGAGAAUUGAUAGAACUUUGAUGUUUAGUAAAGACUGCUCUCAAAGAACUUGCAUUGGGGGGACAUAUGCAUAUAUGGAGUGUAAAAAGAACUGGAGUGAUGUUCUUUAGUUACAUGAAAGAAUGCACCCUCACUUUUGUGAGUGACAAGUGACAGAUUUAGGGAUGAAACAACAUAAGGAAUGGGAGUAGCAACUGGCCUCAGAUCCUGCCUGCCUCAAAAUCUAAGAGGAGUAGACAUGGGGAAUGUGCUAUUGAGGGAAAGCUUAUAAUUGGAACAGAAGUUCCCACUGCUAAAUUACAGUGCAAUUGCUGCCCCUUUCUACUGGAUUCAGAGGUUGCAGAGAAGAUACUCACCCUAUUGGGUGUUCUGUUGAGGAAUUCCUCUUAAAGUGCAGAACAGCAGCAUGAACAUUUGUAGUAUUGGUCUUGGGCAUUGCAGAAUUUGUAUUUCACCAUCUACUCUUUGGGCUACAGGCAAGUUAAUUAGAACUAUGGAACAGUGAGUUCACUGGUCUCUUUCUUCGAACACAAGACUUGCUGUAGUUUGUCCCCUUCUCGUUAGAUAAUUUUGUAUAACUUUCCACCAUGACAUCAAGGGAGAAAAAAAAUCCACAUACAGCAGCGCCUACUGAAAUCAAGUAGGAAUGGGAGCAGAAAGGAAUUGCCGUUUGUGUUCUUGUCUGAGACAGGAGCAUAUUCCAACGGUAACAAUUUUCCAUAGGGCAUAUAGAGAGGAAAUGAAAGAACCUUUGAGAUAUUGGGAGAAGGAAAGCUAAUUAUGCUUGAUUCUUGAUGUCAUCCUAGGUUCCUGCCUUGAACCCAUUAUAGGAUGCCCUUUUACCUCCUCCAGGUGAUAGCUAAGGCAUUAGAAAGCCAUUUCUGAUGUCAUCAGCAAUUACUAACCAUGAAGGGUAAAAAGAGACAUUGCAAAAUUGACGGAGACCAAACAAGCACAAGAGGAGCCCGACCCUAUCUCUGGGUGUGGACAUUCAUGAACUCCUAAACACAAGAAAGCACAAAGGAAGGAGAUGGGGAAAGUGUCCUGUGUAUGGGAAAAUAUGCAAAGACAAAUUGGUAUUAAAUGCAUAGAAAUGCAUGGAGUGUGGAAAGAAUUUCAGGCAGGGUGGAGUACUUGCUUCACAUCAGAGAAUCCACAUGUGAGAAACCUAUGAACAUUUGGUAUGUGCUAAGACUUCCCUCAAAGAACUUGACAUCAAAGAACAUAGGAAGCUGCCUUAUGUUGAAUCAGACCAUUGGUCCAUCUAGCUCAGUAUUAUUUACACUGACUGGCAGCAGUUCUCCAGGGUUUUCUAACUUGAGAUGUUGGAGAUUAAACAUGGGACCUUCUGCAUGCCAAGCAGAUACUCUGCUGCUGAGCUCUUCCCCUAUCGUUUAACUAUGGAGAGUUGAUAGUAUGGUGUUCAAUAGAGACUAACCUGUUAUCCUCAUUCGCCCAGUAAUCUGUUCAGUGUGUAUUUGUUUCUGCAUGUGUUAAGAGACAUUCUUGUUCUUAUUUGUGUUUUGAUUGUUUUAUGUUUUGUAUUUGUGUUGCAAAAUAAAUAAACAAUAUAUUAAACAAAGGCGAUCCAUUGAUAUGUUCAUUCUAAGACUAAAGCUUCUGGGAGAAACCAGGAUUGAUUAAGAUUGUGAUUUUAUAGGGCCGACUAAAACUCUUUCCAUGCACCAAACAUACAUCUAUUGCCUGGAAUGAAUUUCUUCUGUUUCAGAAAAAGAGGUGGUCUAUGUUGAGAAGGUAGUGGAGCAGGUUUUCUUCCAGGGCUCUUCUAACGUGCACCUUUAUUUAUUUAUUAAAUUUAUACCUCACUCUUCCUCCCAGAAGGAGGAACCCUAUACUCCACCCCCAUCAAGGCCCACCAGUAUAUUUCUUUGAUCCCGAAGCACACCAGCUUGAGUUUUGUGGGAAGGAUAUGCUUUUUGCAUUUAAAUUUAGCUUCUCCCCCAAAUCAUUUUUGGAGUAAACUUCUCUGUACUCUUCCCAGGGCCAACCCAGCAGAGGAUAAUCUUUCUGUGUUCUUUUCUUUACCCUUUUUGAUUUUUCUUAGUCUCUGUGCACUCUUAUUUUUGUUCUAGAGUGCUUUGAUUGGAGGCAGCAGAGUUCACAAUACCCUGUUUGGUAGACACGGGCCUUUUGGAUAUUUUUCAAUUACAUGGUUGCUAUUAACCU